UUGCCUAACAGAUGAGACAGUUUGUCAAAAUUUGAUUUGUGUUCAAAUUCUUUGUGGGUUUGUGUAAUUUCAGCGAAAUAUGUGUCUCUUAUAUGGUCCUACAUUUGGCAGGAUGUUAGAAAGUGCAGCUCGGUUUACAUCGCUAACUAUCUCUCUGUCUCUGUCUCACUCUCUUUCCCAUACACAUUUUUAAUACUAAUCGUUUAGUCUUAGACACAGGCCUAGGAUAGUGAUCCACUUUAAUGUCUCUGGCGCAUGUAAAAAUUGUCAAAUUAGUUUGACGUGUUUUUAAACAUUGUUUUUGCUCUGUCGUGUUAUGUAGCCUAAUGCAGUGGUCCAGAGACUGAGGGGAUGCUGAUGGUUAUAGGGAGUGGUAAUACACACAAGGGGUUUCCAUUUGAAGCAGGGCGUGCACAAAAAGCAGGGCGUGCACAUACCAGUGAAGACUGGAGAACCGGGUGGAACUAGAGAGAUACAUCAAUAUCAUCACGCGUACAUUGGACAUAUUGGCAAGAUUCAAUUGCUUGGUUUUUUAGUGUACCAUUCAAUAACUUUGUAUUAAUAUUAGAUAUGUUAUUUUAUCAUAUCUAAUCAAAUUAAUGUGUUCAAAUGACUGUUAAUGCUGAUGACGACCGCCCAAAGGAGAGUUACUCAUCUGACACCCUGAUUUCAUCAAAGAAAAGCUCAUACAACGUUUAAUUCAAAAAGUGAUUUCCGACGCUUGUCUAGGAGGAAUAUAUAGAAAUUUGUAUCUAAAGAAUGGCUAUCAACACGGAUGCUGCGUUUGGUAAAAGCGCCCUGGGGGAGAGGGAAGUCUCACAUCCCACCGACUUCCAAGACACAGAGAAACUCCUGAGCGCCGUGACCACCGAACCCACCGGGGAAAGCAACCUCAAACCAUGCGACACAUCUCUCAACUUGAGAAGCAGCAUCCAUUCCCUGAAUGCCGAGCUGGACGGACAUCAAUCGCCAUUAAGGUCAGGCACCGCGACCAUGUCCCCGUCCCAGCUGAGCUUCGGACCCCCCCUCCUACUCCGCUCCCCGGUGCCACCCGGUUCAGAGCCGCCGAGCUACCUGUGGCUUGCGGUGUUGUCGUGCUUUUGUCUUGCUGUGCCGGUGAACAUGUUCGCGCUGUGGUAUGCUCACAUGUCGCAGUCUGUUCUCCAGACCGGGGAUGUAGAAGGAGCUAAGAGGCUGGGUCGUCUCUCUCUGCUGCUCAGCUGUAUCGCCAUGUUCCUGGGUGUGGCCGUCAUCAUCUUCAUAGUGGUCACAGGAGACAUCCUCAGAUUAAAAUAAAUGAGCAUUGAGUAGAGGUGGAACAAGCUUAAUACCAAA